CACGAUCGCCAUACUGAUGGCCAAAUGUUGCUGGAUUAUAUGCUUUUUCGUGUUCUCAUCACUUGUCAGAGUAUAUGAAGCCAGUCCUAAUCCUGGUGAUUCAGACCAAUUAUAUAAGGCUUGCUUUUCACAAUGUCAAAAGACUGGUUGUGUUGGGGCAAAAUGCUUCUCGUGCUGCAACUCGGCUUCAGAUGGUUCUCUCCUUGAUGGCUCUUGGUACAAGAUAAAGAAUCUUUAUUUUUGGUGGAACCAAUGGGACUGCCAAGGUAACUGUCGUUACCAUUGUAUGCUUUACAGAGAAAAAGAAAGAAUAGAACUUGGAUUGGAGCCUGUUAAAUAUCAUGGAAAAUGGCCUUCUCGGUGCCAAUAUGGAUUUCAGGAACCAAUCUCUAUAGCCAUUUCAGCUCUAAACCUUGUGAUGCAUUUUCAUGGUUGGCAUUCUUUCUCCAACCUUCUUUAUUACAGCUUGCCUUUGAAACCGGAUAAGACGCCAUUUUAUGAUUACGCUAGCCUCUUUAAAGUCUACGGUCUCCUGGCUAUGAAUUCAUGGUUUUGGAGCGCAAUAUACCACUUCCGAGACAUGGCCUUGACAGAAAAGCUUGAUUAUUCAUCUGCUGUUGCAUUUCUUGGAUACUCAAUUAUAUUGGCAAACAUUAGAAGCUUUGGUUUAAGAAGUGAUGCUGCCAGAGUCAUGGUUGCUGCUCCAAUCUUUGCAUUUGCCACCACACACAUUUUGUUUCUUUGCAACUAUAAUAUGGACUAUGAGUGGAAUACAAAAGUGUGCAUUGGCAUGGGCAUUGCCCAAGCGGUGAGUUGGGCAGUUUGGGGUGGGACGACGAAUCUUCCUUGCAGAUGGAAGUUGUGGAUGGUGGUAGUGGGAGGUGCAUUUGGUGUGGUGGUGAAGAUGCUAGACUUUCCUCCUUAUCAAGGAAUAGUGCAUGGUGAAACUGUUUGGCAAGCUUCCAAUAUCCCUCUCACAUACAUUUGGUGGAACUUCAUCAAGUAUGAUGCUGAGUCCAGAACAGCCGACCUCUUGAAGAAGGUGCGAUAGUGUCUGUCGCCCGUUUGGACUUUCAUAUAACACCUUGCUUCUUAGUUUCCUACAACCUUUUACUGUAGUAGUUCCCUCUGUUUCUCUAUCAAUAGCUUUGUUUAUCACAAUCUGUUUCUUUUAUUGGUUUUGUACAUGGAGUUGUGCUACAUUUUUGGGAAUUAUAUUGUAUGUUAUCUUUUCCGGAUAUCCAACAAUAUCC